AUGCCUGUCUCUGUCUCAAAGAGACGACCAAGAACGUCCAAAAAGACCGAAACCGAAAAACCCGAGAAAUCACUUAAAGAUCCUCGUACAUGUUGUAAUAACAUAUGUUCGAUCUUCUCUAGAUCAAUUCUCUAUCGUGCACCUCUCACCUUUCUCUUGCUCUUCCUCGUUUAUCUCUGGUCAACUUCCACGACCGUUAUCUCCAAUAACGUCGUCCAUAUUUGCAUCUCUUCGCGGAAGCUCAACGAUCUUUAUUGUCUCACUGCCGGUUCUCAGCCGGGUUUACGUGUACCGGUCAACAAUUUCACUAAACCGGUUAGUGAAAAUUUGAUAAGAAAUGAAGAAGAGAAGAGUGUUGUUAUUCUUGGUGAAGAUGGAGACAAGGCUUUUGCAAAGAAUGGAACUACCCCCGGAGAAGGAGAUUCGGAUAAAUCUACGGUCAGAACAAGCAUCAACAUCAUAAAGAAUGAAACUAUAAGGGGAGACACAACCGGAGUUAGAGUUUCUGUUCUUGAUCAAGAUUCUAAACCCAAGAAGGAGACCAAUCCCGCUCUCCUCUUUGAUUGGGAUUUAGAAACCGGAGAAGAAGGAUACCGAUACAUCAAACCGAAGGACGAAAAUGAGGAGACCGCUCUAAGGACUUUGCAUGAGUAUCUUCAAAUACAAAGAUCCUGGCUAUCCGUGGGUAACAACCGCGGAAAUCCUGGAUCUUGUGAAGGAAAAGGGGUUUAUGUUUAUGAUUUACCUUCCAAAUUCAACAAAGAUUUGUUGGGAGAGUGCUCGGAUAUGGUUCCAUGGGCCAAUUUUUGCAGUUUCUUCAAAAACGAUGCGUUUGGUGAAUCUAUUGAGAAUCUUGGUAAAGGGUGGUUUAGAACGCAUCAGUAUUCUCUUGAGCCGAUCUUUCAUUCUCGUGUUUUGAAGCAUCCAUGCAGGGUUUAUGACGAGAACCAAGCCAAGCUCUUUUAUGUGCCUUUCUAUGGCGGUAUUGAUGUUUUGAGAUGGCAUUUCAAGAACGUUUCUGAGGAUGUGAAGGAUGUUUUGGCGAUCGAGGUUGUUAAAUGGCUCGGAUCGAAAAAAUCUUGGAGGAAAAACUCUGGGAAAGAUCAUGUUUUUGUUCUUGGCAAAAUCUCUUGGGAUUUUAGGAGGAACACCAAAUUUUCUUGGGGCUCAAGUUUACUUGAGAUGCAAGAAAUGAAGAACCCUACAAAGCUUCUCAUCGAACGUAAUCCAUGGGAGAUCAACGACGUCGCAAUUCCUCAUCCAACGUUUUUCCACCCGAAAACCGACGACGAUAUCUCUAGCUGGCAAAACAAGAUCAUAGUAAAACCUCGCCGGAGCCUAGUCAGCUUCGCUGGUGGAGCAAGACCCGGUAAUCCUGAUAGCAUCCGGUCAACAUUGAUUGACCAAUGUACAUCAUCUCCAAACCAAUGCCGGUUUUUGAAUUGUACCGGGGGAGGCUGUGAUAAGGCGGAAUCGGUUAUCGAGCUUUUCCAAGAUUCGGAAUUCUGUCUCCAGCCUCCUGGAGACAGUCCUACAAGGAAAUCGGUUUUCGAUUCCCUCGUAUCCGGUUGUAUUCCGGUUAUCUUUGAUCCGUACACGGCAUAUUAUCAGUACACGUGGCAUUUACCGGAGGACCACCGGACAUACUCGGUGUAUAUAAACAAAGAGGAUUUGAAGGCAAAGAAAGUGAAUGUGAUUGAGAAGUUGAUGUCAAAGACUCUACGGGAAAGAGAAGAUAUGAGAAGUUACAUUGUUCACGAGCUUUUGCCUGGUUUGGUCUAUGGAGAUUCUAAUGCUAAGUUUGAAAGGUUUCGAGAUGCUUUUGAUAUUACUAUGGAUAGUUUACUUCAUAAGAUUUCGAAAGUUUUGUAA